AUGUUACAAGAUUACAAACUAGGAGGAAAAUAUAAAACAUUUUGGAAAUUUCCUGGUGGACUAUCAGAUGAAGGAGAAAAUAUUGGAGCAACAGCAGAAAGAGAGGUUUUUGAAGAAACUGGAAUAAAGUCAGAAUUCCAGGCUCUGCUCCUUUUACGUCAGCAACAUAAAUCAAAAGCAACAUUCAACAAGUCAGACAUUUAUGUGGUAUGUAGAAUGAAGCCAUUGACACAUGAUAUAAUAUUAUGCAAUGAUGAAAUCCAAGAUGGCUGCUGGAUGCAUCUUCGUGAUAUUCUGCRACACCCUGAUACCUCUCCUGCGACUAAACUAGGUGCUAAGCUUGCUUUAAGUGGAGUUCAGUUUGGAUUUCAACAUUUUGACAUUACAGCAAGUCAAAUAAGGUCUUUAGUUGAGCCAUCUAUGAUGUGGUGUGUUUACCAUAGACCUUUAGAAAGUGUUGGUUUAUUGAGUGAACAGAAUGAGUUUACAGUGGAGCCUUCAUCAAGUAAUAACCACCCUCAGGAAAUGGCCAAGUGAUGUUUUGGUUGGGCUGCCUGURUAGGGAAGGCAGAGGAAGCCCAAAAUAAAAGCACACUGCAAAGGACAAAUUUAAUCAUUCAUUGUAGAGGCCACAAACUGAUCACGAAUGGAAUGACCAUUUGUCACAAAUGUAAUACUGACAGCAAAUGUACAUAACAAUUACACAAAUCUAAUAAUUUAGCACAAAUUAGAUUACCAUUGGUAGAAAAUGUGGUUAUGAUGCGAGGCCAUGUCACAUUUGUGAUCAAAUUGUUAUUACUUUUGUAAUUCAGUGGUUAUUUCAUUUGAGUUAAUUUAUUGUGACAUAUGUGAUCAAACAAACCCAAUUUAUUGCCCUCGUGCUACUGUGUGAGAAAUAUUGAUAUCAUGUUUUUAUUAUAAGAAUAUGUAAAAACCACCAGGUAUGUAAUUAAAUUUGAAGUAACAUUGUGUGAAUCAUAAAGGGCCACAAGAAUUACAACUAAAA